GGAAGUGUCUUCAAUAAAGUGGCAAUGAAAAUUAAGGGUCCACACUUCAUUGGUUAAGCAGAUUUGUAGUUGACUGUGCCGGGAACCAGAUGACAGAGAUUAUAGGGCAGGUGUGGGAACCAGUCAACUAUUACUAUUACCUGGUGAAUUACAUUAAUACAGUGACAGGCAAUAACCUAAACAGAGCCUAAAUAUAGUGAUGGAUAGACAAUGGGUUUAGGACAAUGAAGGUAUUAUCUCUAGUCAAAUAAUAGUGGUGAAAGUGAUCUUAAACCAACAUAUGGUGAUCCAGUCACAGUGUUGUUAAAUCUUGCGGAGGAAAAAAAAAAUUCUCAAGAGUUAUAUGUGGAAGAUGAUAAAGGACCAUUAUCUAAAUAUGGACAUGCUCUUUUUAACUGUGUGAAUUAUAUUUUUUGAUGAUUGUUUGUUUACAAACUGUGCGUAAAUGGAAUUAUUAACUAUAGUGUGAAUUAAAUAACACAGUAUCUCAGAGUACUAAUUGGCUUAAUUUUUGGGAUAUGAAGUAGCGUUAAAUGAUUAUUACAUAAAAUAUCACUCCAAUUUAUUUAUAGAUGAUACAAUAUUGAGGAAUCGGAUGAAAACAAAAACAAACCAACAAAAAACUGUAAUUUCUGAACUUAACGUUACUACACCUUAGUUUAAAGAGAAAAAAAAAAAGAUUAAAUCUUCAUAGUGAUACAAUUAAAAAGGCUUAUGGAUUUUCGAUGCGGUUUGACAGAUUUACGAGUUGGUGUUUUUAUCAAAAGAUUAACAUAAUAUUGGUACCAUUUGAAUUUUCAAAAUUUGAAUUUUCAAGAUAACUAAUUGAAGUUGUGACUAUUUUUUACAAGCUAAUGUAUUUUAAAUGCAUUUGGAGAAGCUAAGUAUAUGCAUUAAUGUUAUAGAAUGCAUUAUACAAGUUUUCGAUAGAGUUUAGAAGAGAUGGGGACACGUUUUGAUUGAAUUAAGAUACCAAAUUUUAUGAAUAAAACUUGAUAAUCUUGAAAUAAAAGGGCAAUAAAACAGCAAAACUGUGGGUAGUUUGUAAUGAAAACGGCUUUCCUUUCAUAUUGAUGUACAAGGGAGAGCCUGGUACUUUGUUUAAAUCCCUGUAAUAACACCUGAGCUAGAUAAUGGCGGAUCAAUUUAGCCAGAAAUCAACAAGUUACUAAAAGGAUUGUUAAAAAAAAACUUUUCAAGUCAAGAAGGUUUGUAAUGUAAUAGAACUGAUUUAAAUCCACACGGAAUUAUAAUAUAUAUAUAUAUAUUUUAUUUGUGAUAAACUUAAACUACGCAAAAAUGAAGGAUAGCUCAGGGAAAGCAAAAGAAACGUCAAAGACACUUCUGGAAAAUGCCGUACAAACAUUAGCAGCUAUGAAACAAUUUUCAGGAAGAACCGAAGAUGAGGCUGAUUUGAUGAGGAUGUAUUAUCUAUCUGAUGGUACUCGUUCCCUACCCAUUCAUUGCAUUGUUGAACAGACAAAUGGAUCAGCAUCUUUCGACAACUUGUCGGCAGAAAAAUCCACGCAUAGUACCGUAGAACUCGACAGCUACGCCAUUUUACCAGGAACAACGCUUCUCACAGAAUGUGUGCGGGCGGCACUUCUUAAACUUGGCUAUAAUUCCACUGAAGCUAUAGGGGCCAAAGGGGCAGUUCAGGUUAAGAAUUGGAGACCACUGGACUUUGAGACUAUCACUGACAACAAAAAUGCCACCAUUGAUGAUAUGCUAGGGGAGCUAACUCAAGUUGCAACACUCAGAAUAAGAAUUUGCAGUUUUGUAUUUUCAAGAGCAAAGGACCAACCUAGCGCAACAAAAAUCACGUCGGCAGAGGAAGUGAAAGAGAAAUUGCUACAAUUAUUGUUGAAUCAAUCUCAAAGUCUACUCGUGAACGCUGGAUGCCCCGUGCUGGACAAGGGAACAUCACCUACAAACGGACACACAUUAGCUACAAUAUCUCCCGAGAUGAGAAGAGCAUUCGACAGGUGGUACGAGGAACAAUUGAAGUCGUACACUGACGGAAACAGCAGCGAGCCAGGUAAUGUCAACAUGACGGCAGCAGCCAAGGAACUUCUGCGUAUGCAGCAGGAGAGAAUCAAGGUUACAAUGGCAACAAGUUACCAGGAGACAGUCAGCAGUCAGGAAAAAAUUACGCGCUCUCCACCGAUGAAUCAUAUGAGCCAGAUUUCUCCGCCAGUGUCGCGACCAACAGCUGCAUCAACUCCUACCCACGAGGCUUUCUCCCACCCAGCUUAUCAACACUACCUUCCAGGCAAAACAAGGAUGAGGACAUCUUUUGACCCGGAACAUGAAAUCCCACGACUUCAAAGAUGGUUUACUGAUAAUCAACAUCCAUCUCGAGAUCAGAUGCUUCAGUACUUACAAGAGCUAAACUCACUUGACUCUCGUAAAGGACGACGCCCACUUGAUUUGACAAACAUCAUUUACUGGUUCAAGAAUGCAAGAGCAGCACAUCGCAGAGCAACGAAAAACAGUGGUGAUGACUCUUUUGAGAUAGAGGAAGAAAAAGAGUCCUCAUCUGCAUUGUCUGAUAAUUACCCCUUCUUGCCUAAUCGUAAUGCAGUUUACAUGGUGCCUUAUCCACAUUUUCCAAAUUUAGACUUACACUCACACAUGGGACUUCUCAGUGCACAAAAUAAAAUUAAUGGUCAACUUGAUGAUCGUGAACCUUGUGACCUUUCUAUGAAUUCAAGGUCAAAGACGCCAUUAGAUGAAAAUCAGGUAAAAACGAACAAAUCAGACAUGGAGAUAAGUAAAAGACAAUCACCGAUCGAGCAUGAGAAACUUGGUAGCGUCAAUGUCAAAGUAGAGAAAGAAGAGCCACAGGUAUCUCCGUCAAGGUCAGAUGAAGGUUUCUCAGAAAUGGUAGAGAGGUCAAUGCCUAAAAGUCAGACGCCAGAGAUUGAUAAUAUACAUGUGCCUGAAAGCAAGAGUGACGAUAAAGAAGAGGUGAAUGAACACGACGAUAUGCCAAAAGAUCUUACAGUAGAAAAGUCAAAAGAAGUAGAAAAAAUAUGUAAGGAAAUUGUUGAUCAGCCAUCUGAUUUGUCAAAGAACGAUAUGGAUGACAUAUCAGUGAUUAAAACAGUAGAAAAGCCUGAUCAAUAUUCAUCUGAUGAUAGACCUAAAGAUUUGUCCAAUGGAAAGCGACGUUAUGAAAGCGACGAUGAUGAUAUUGAAUCUGAUUAUGAUGACGACGACCGCUCCGUGGACGGAUCAGUUUCUAGUCACGAUGAUAAAAUGUCAAAUCUUCGAGAUUCUUACCUCACUUCUGCUAGGGGGUUAAACUUCAGCGCUGUUACGAGUAGUCCGUCCGGCCAACCUCUUCACAUCCCCCAGUUCCCACAUCCACUUGCUAUGCAUUACUUCCCUUUGAAUACUCACUUCUACUCUCAGCAAGCCAAUCAAAUGAAAUUUCAUAAUCAGCACUCAUCGCAGCAGACUUCGCCCAAAUCUUCACCAGGUCAAGGUCAGGAAAACAACAACUCUCAUAGGAAAAGACGGACAAGGGUUUUCAUCGACCCAUUAUCGGAAAUACCGAAAUUAGAGAAAUGGUUUUUAGACGACACCCACCCUUCAUCAUAUAUGAUAGACAAAUAUUGCGAAGAACUAAAUAGUUCCGAAUAUAGACAGAAGUUUCCAAAAUUGGAGCCCAAAAAUGUACAAUUGUGGUUCAAAAAUCAUCGUGCUAAAGUUAAACGUAUGAGAAUCGGGGGCUUUGGUGAUCAUCAGAUUUUCUCAUGAGAUUAUGGUGUUUUACACAUUUUUAUAGAUAUGAUAUGUUUUAAUUGAGAUUCUAUGUUUAAAUUUUUAACAUUUGUGCUUUAUGUUGAGAGGAGAUAUGGUCAUUUUACUGAAACAAUUUUAAGUAUAUUAAUCAAAAUUAUAAGAUUUAUUGUAAUAUAACUUUGGUAUUUUUUAUCAAAUUGUUGCAGAUUUAUGAGUAAGUGAGACAUAAUUAUUUUCAUUUUACUGGGUUAUGGCAAUAUUCUGUUCCUUUCAUGGCAAUCUUUUGUGUUUCAAAUUUUAAAUUAUUUUCUAUGUUAAUUAUUCUCCUGUUGGAAGAAUUUUUAUACACCCUUUUGUACCCUCUAAAUUGUUCUGUAAAAGAAGGUUCAGUCUUGAAAUGAAGGGAGUGGGGCAAAAUGGUUCUGUCUCGGGGUUAUUUUUAAUUUCUGUCUCAAGAUUCAGAUUUUGUUGUAAAACUGCAAUAAGAGAUUCAUUAUUGGUUCAGUUUGUUUUGUGUAUUUAUUUGAGAUUGUAUGGUUAAAGAGAUUGUUCACUUUAUGCAGAUGAAAAUUUUAUUCAGAAACCAGUCUGUUGGUAGAAUGAUUUAAUUGGUUUAUUUCAAAUUUUUAUUUGAAAUUGACCAAUGGCAUCAUUGCAUUUUUAGACUGGUCUUGUGACUUAUUUAUCUUUAAAGUUGUAUCAGGAAAUUAAGUUACUAUGCAAAAAAACUUCAGAAUUCUAUAAUUUAAAGUUGAAAAUGAUUACUUUGUAUGCAAACAACACUUUGACUUCAUUAAUUUGUGUGUAUAAAAAAAUACAACUCAAACAUUUUUUUUUCUGGAUAUUUUUUAAAAUCAUUGUACAUGUAGUUAUACUAGUGGACAAGAAGAUGAAUUAUAAGUAUUCCCCAAUUUAUUUUGACAAGGUUCUACGCAAGCUGAAUAUAUUGUACAUGUAAUUGGCGAUUUAUACAAAUGGCUGGGGUUUUGCAUAUUUUUGCUUUUCAGUGUCUCUGUUUUGAAUCCUCGUGUUACAUAGUUUUAUCAUUGUGAUUAAUUUCAAAAUUAUAUAUCAUUUCCUAUUUUCAUCACCCCAUAUGAUUUUGUUUAUGUACAAAGUUGACGUUAUGUGUAAUGGUAAUUUAUUUAUGUCAUUGAGUUGUGUAUAGAGAUGUUUAUUUAUAGAAUCGUGUCAAUUAUAAAAAUGAUAAUAAUAUUUGGUUUACAGAAGUUUUCAUAAUAAAGUUGAAUUUGAUAAAGAAAAAAAAAAUUGUAAUAUAUUUUUUUUUUUACUAUAUAUGCCUGGUUACAUUAUCCUAAAAUAUUAAAUUGGCAAAUUUUGCAAUGACUGUCUCAUUUUAACUCUUGUAUGGUUUCUGACAUGCACAAAAUAUCUUACAGACAAAAGGAGUUAGUGACCUUACCAAAUUCCCAAUAAAAUGAGUGUAACAAAUUAUGCUGGAAACUAUAUUUCAUAUAAAGAAAUGACACGGAGCAAAAUCAAGUGUGUGUUUGUGAAAUAAAUGGUAAAGUUCGGAAGAAAUAUUCUGGCUAACCAUGGUUUUAAAUGGAAUUGGUAAAAAAACAUGAUAAAGAAAGUUCAAUAAGGUCCAUAUUUCCAUCAUCACAGUUUAAGAAACCAUUGUUUUCUUUAAUGGAAACACUGUUAGCUCAAACCUUAUAUUCCUUUGGGGGAGUUAAAGGGGGAUAAAAUCCCCCAAGUAAAACGAAAACUCUACAUUCCAGAUUAAAAAACACUUUAGAUAGAUUAUUUUCGAAUCUCAAAGAUUUAUGUUCUUACGUACUCUCAAUUAUUAUUUGACUAAAGUACCUGUAACCUGGUACUGGAUCUUUUUAAAAACUCAACAUAUUUAUAUUUUUGUUUCGUUUUAUUUUCCGUUGUAUGUUUUUUUUUGUUGUUAUUAAGGAUUGUUUCUUUUAAGUAUUAAUGAUACAUGUACAAAAUUGGUGUGUAAAAGUUGCUAUGGUAACAUUGAGGAGCGCGCAUAAAUUUUGUUACAUUUCAUUUGUUUCAUAUUUCAUUGUUUACUGUAAAAAAUUAAAGACUUCAUUUCAUUUUGGUUGAACCGUCAUUAUUGAUAUAAUGAAAAAUUGGGGGUAGAGGAAGAACAUCCAAUUAUCCAUUUUAAGUAAGUAUAUGAAGAUGGGAAUGUAUAAAAAAAGUUACAUGAUCUAAUAUUUGGGUAAUUUACUUUAAUCCCGUCCGAAGUUAUUAUAAUUAACUUGUCCAGCUUUGAAUUUUGAACUGUCCAAUUUUAGUUAGAGGGAUUUCAAGUACAAAGAAAGGUAAAAUGGAGCUGAAUAGAGAAAGAAUUCAGGAAAGUGUCUGAAAUCCUGGCUGUAUACUGGUUGCAUAGACACAUCCAUAUCGCAAUGAAACACUUGUCCCCAUUAGAUGUACAUUAGUAUUAUAAUGGAAAUUCAUAUGUAAUACAACAUAUAAAUGAUGAACAGAUUUGUUUAUGUACCUAAAUCAUUUGUUAUAAAGUAUGUUUUUUGUUUGUUUAAAAAACGAUUCCUUUACCAACACAAAUUAUCACAACAUGUUUUCAUUUAUGCGACCUUUAAUUUUUACACGAUCAGGGUCCCAAACUUGCUACCAUAGCAACUAGACAAGGUCGGAAGACCAUGCUUAUUACGUUAUUUGAAAAAGUGUGAAAUAAGGGUGCUAACUUUUUUUUGUAUUCAAUACGAAUGUGAAAUAUUUGUAUGAUUCUAAACAAUUGAUUGACAUUCAUCAUUUAUGUACAAGUGUAUAAUGGCAUUUAUUGUGUAUAUUUGAAAGAUGGUUACUGUUUUUUUGUUUACAAGAGUUCAAACGAAAUUAUUGUAUACAUUAUUCUUUAAAAGUAGAAUACUGGUAUUAUAUUUUUAUAUUUAAAUAUAUAUAUACAUGUAUAUAUAAAAAAGAGUAAAAAUUUUGGAGUAAUGGAAAUAAUCCUAUAUAACAAAUCCUGAUGAACAUGCAUGUGAGUUGUGAUAUUGGUAUAUAUUAUACAAGAAUAUCAUCACAGCGGAAAACACCUCUGUCAUAUGACCAAAAAAUGUAGGCAAAAUUAAGAAAAUGUUAAGGUAACUUACAAAAUAAUUGGUUAGAGCUGCUUUAUGUUUAUCAAUAUUUACCAGCCUUUUUUUUUAAAAAGAAAAAAAAUGAUUAUGAUAAGACCUUGAGAUAUUUAAAUAAGCCUUUUAUGUUUAAUAAAACAUAUUUUAUUGAGAAAUCAGGUAUUUUUUAAGGAACAGAAUAAAGUGUUUAUAAGAAUUCAGUUUUUGAAGAAUAAGGUGUUCAAUAAAAGAGGUUAUAUAAUUAUUAUUUAUGACUAAUAAAGUUGGACCUAUGUUAUCUAACUUUAUGCUAUAUGCUAAAAUAACUACACAUUUAUGUAUGCAACUUGAUGCUAUUUACAACAUUAACUACACAAACAAAAAGGUGUGUUCAUCAAAAAAUAUCGGUGCAAAUCUGUUCGUGGGUGGCUGGAGGCGGGGAUUAUUAAAAGUAAUGUAAUUAUGGGCUUACAAUUGAAUUAUUUGUUUUCAUUCGAUCAUUAAACCAUUUUGUGAAUUCAGGUAAUAAAAUCAAACGCCAUGUAAUACCUAUGAAUUGAAGAAUUAACUAUUAAGACAUUAUAUCAAAAUGCAGUAUAAGAAUUUUUUAUAGCUAUGAAAUUUACAGCAGCUAGUGAUGAUUAAAACAUUAUCUGCAUACCAGAAAAAAAACAAAACAAUCGGUAUCACUGAUACGGAAAAAAAAAUCAUUUAUUGCAAAGAAAUUUGUAUUGUAAUAGCCAGUAAAGCAGGUAAUUACCGAUACUUUCUGUUUAGUAUUGUUGUUACUACACAGUUGUUACAUAUUUCCAACGUUUGAGCAUAAAAUUGUGUUGUAAUUUUUUUUGUCAUUUUGACGCAAAAUUUUCAUAUAUUUUGUUCAUGAAACUUAUGUUUUCAUAUUAUUUUUUUUAUAUGUCAAAUUUGAAGGCUAGUCAAAUUUAUUUCUUUUUAUUUAUGUAUACCUUUGUACAUUUCAGUAUAAAUGUGUACAUUUAUGUAUAACUAUGUACAUUGUUGUUUGCAGACAUGACAAAUAGAUAUAAAAAUGUACACUUUUUGUCUCAAUAUACAUGUAUAAUGUAAUUCUUUUUGUUUCUUUCUCUUUAUUUAUUAAGAGUCACAAAGUAAGUUCAGUGCAACCUGUUAAGAAUGUAUGUGUUCAAUGAUUGUCAUUGGUCUGAUUAAUAUCUUCUCAGCCAAUCAAAUGCUGGGAUACACAGACUGGCUUUAUUUGGCCAAUGAAAAUGAAGUUUACAAUUUAAUGAGACUGGUUCCCUUUUGUUUUGUUUCAAUGAUAUAGGAUAAAUACUAGAGGCCAGGUAAAAGCAGGAGUGAUAGUGAUAUUAAGAAUGGUUGACUGUACAGAAUUUUUUUAUUUUGUAAAGUGAAUAAAAUUCGUUGUUAGUUUUGAACAUUAAGUAAAAAAAAAACAUUAGUUAUUGUGUUCAACAUAUACAUCGUAUUGUGGAUAGAACAUCAUAAAUGAAAAAGUAAAUAAAAUGCAUGCAAAAUGUUGAAAA